GGGCGGCGCUGCGGGGCCUCCGUUACCCCCCCCCCUUCCCCGCUCAGCGGCGGUGGUAAUCGUAGUAGUAGCACCGCUCCCGCCGCCCUCGUGGGCCGCGAGCGCCCUCCCUCGCUGUUGCCUGCUUGCUCUCCCGCCGCCGCCCUUCUCUCUGGGGAACGCGGCGGAGACGCUCCUGGCGGGCGCCCACGGAGGGAGCUGCCGAGCGAGAGGGGCGGGAAAGGCUAGAGGAAGGAAGGGGGAAGUGUGGCGAGGAGGAGCCGGGCGUGCGAAGAAGAGAAAGACUGAGGAGCGAGUGGAGGCGAGGGAAGAAAGGAAAGAGGGGGGAAAACUCUACGGAAGCGCCGUUCUUCUUCCCCCACCGCGUGCGGCGGGACUGGGCAGGAGCAACGACGGCGGCGCUAACGGGGGGCUGCGGCAGGCGCUGCUGCUACGGCAUCCGGAGCCCGGCCUACGAAGCGGACGCGGAAAAAGCCCGAAGUGGUGGGGGGAGAAAGGGAUCGGCCUCCCGCUUCGGAAGAACCAAGCCAGGCUGCUGCGCAGGCACUGCGGCCCCGUUGUUGCUCUUAGCCGCCGCCGCCCCCUCGAGAGGGCAGGAAGUGACUCUAAAGCCGGGACUGGGCGGUGUGUGAGGCACCUGAAACCGCAUAUUUGUCGGAGCGGAAGGAGGGCGAAGACGCCGAGACCUACCGACACCUUCCCCUCGUUGCAAAAGUGAAAGGGCGGGGAGGGAAAGGGGGGAAAAGACCCCCCCCCACCGCAGUCCCGCUUCUGUGGCCUCCUUUCGUCGCGCUGUCCUCGCCGAGAUUGGCCUUUUCCUCGGCUUCUCUCUUCUUUUUAACUCGAGAAAACUUGAUUUGGAUUUAAACCAUCGCAGAGUGGUGAAAGGGCCCGGUGUAGAUGGAGGAAAUCUGGACAGCCGAAGUGUAAGACCUCUCCUCACUGCCGUCAAAGAACCAGAUACUGCUUUAGACGUACUGACUGCCACAGACCAUAACAGCAGGCUGGUGUUCUCAGCAACGUUGAGCUGACCAUGCAAUAACUUGAGCGCAACUGACAAGACCCUGUUGUUGCUGGAAAGCUGAUUAGAAUGUUGGUUUUGAAAGCUCAGGGAAGAAGCAACAGAGAGAAAAUAAUAAUCCAGUGUGCCUGAAAAUGACAACAAAACGGAACUUGUUUGUGCGAUUGGUUCCAUGCCGUUGCUUGCGUGGAGAAGAAGAAACUGUGACUGCACUUGAUUACUCUCACUGCAGCCUUGAGCAGGUUCCUAAGGAAAUUUUUACUUUUGAAAAGACAUUGGAAGAACUCUAUUUAGAUGCUAAUCAAAUUGAAGAGCUUCCAAAGCAACUUUUUAAUUGUCAGUCUCUAUACAAGUUGAGUUUGCCGGACAAUGAUUUAACAACAUUGCCUGCAUCCAUAGCAAAUCUCAUUAACCUCAGGGAACUGGAUGUCAGCAAAAAUGGUAUACAGGAGUUUCCAGAAAAUAUCAAGAACUGUAAAGUUUUAGCAAUUGUUGAGGCCAGUGUAAAUCCUAUUUCAAAGCUUCCAGAUGGAUUUUCACAGUUGUUAAACCUAACACAAUUAUAUCUGAACGAUGCUUUUCUGGAAUUUUUGCCAGCCAAUUUUGGCAGGUUAACUAAGCUCCAGAUUUUAGAACUUAGAGAAAACCAGUUAAAAAUGUUGCCAAAAACCAUGAAUAGACUGACUCAGUUGGAGAGGCUAGAUCUGGGAAGUAAUGAAUUCACAGAAGUGCCUGAAGUACUUGAACAAUUAAGUGGGUUAAAAGAAUUUUGGAUGGAUGAUAACAAACUAACACUUGUUCCAGGGUUUAUGGGCAGCUUGAAGCACUUGACCUACUUGGAUAUUUCCAAAAACAAUAUUGAAACUCUUGAAGAAGGUGUUUCAGGAUGUGAAAGUUUACAAGAUCUGCUAUUAUCUAGUAAUUCACUUCAGCAGCUGCCAGAGUCCAUUGGUUGUCUAAAGAAAUUAACAGUUCUUAAAAUUGAUGAAAAUCAGUUAAUGUAUUUGCCAGAUUCCAUAGGAGGGUUAAUUUCAAUUGAAGAACUGGACUGCAGCUUCAAUGAAAUUGAAACUUUGCCUUCAUCUAUCGGGCAGCUCUCUAAUAUAAGGACUUUUGCUGCAGAUCAUAAUUUUUUAACACAAUUGCCACCAGAGAUUGGAAACUGGAAAUAUGUAACUGUUUUGUUUCUUCAUUCUAAUAAACUGGAGGUUCUUCCAGAGGAAAUGGGUGAUAUGCAGAAAUUAAAAGUUAUAAAUUUAAGCGAUAAUAGAUUGAAGUAUUUGCCUUAUAGCAUUUUACAAUUGCAACAUUUGACUGCUUUGUGGUUAUCAGAUAAUCAGUCUAAACCUCUCAUUCCACUUCAAAAAGAAGUUGAUCCAGAAACACAGGAAACCGUUGUUACUAAUUAUAUGUUCCCACAACAACCAAGAUCUGAAGAUGUUAUGUUCAUAUCUGAUAACGAGAGCUUCAAUCCUUCACUGUGGGAGGAGCAAAGGAAACAGCGUGCUCAGGUGGCUUUUGAAUGUGAUGAAGAUAAAGAUGAAAGAGAGGCACCGCCUAGAGAGGGUAAUUUGAAGAGGUAUCCAACACCUUACCCUGAUGAACUGAAGAAUAUGGUCAAAACUGUUCAAACAAUAGUACACAGAUUAAAAGAUGAAGAAAACACAGUUGAAACUAAUAAAGAAGCAAAGCAAGAAAGCCAGCAAGUUGCAGUAAAGGAUAUAGGAGUAAAGACUUCAGAAAUUACUCCAGUGAAAAACAAAAUGGAAAACGAGCAGAAUAUUAUGGGAAACUGUGUGCAGAAACUUAAUGAAUCAGAUGAUGAGAACAGUAUCAGAAACUCACAGGUGAACAAUCAAGUUAAAGUCACAGAAAAUGUGAAGCCAAUUGUUAACCAUGAAGAUACUUUGGAGGAAUCAGAAGAACUAUCUUCUGAUGAAGAAAUGAAAGUAGCAGAAAUGAGACCACCUCUCAUAGAAACUUCCAUUAACCAACCAAAAGUAGUAGCACUUGGCAAUAGCAAAAAAGAUGACAAUAAAGCAGUAGAUUCUUCAUCUGAUGAUCCAACCCAUAACAGCAAUCAGAAUAAUAGCAAUUGUUCCUCUCCUUCCCGAAUGUCAGAUUCAGAAUCUCUAAAUACUGACAGUAGCCAAGAAGCAUCAUUGUGUUCUCCAGACAGAGAAAUUACCAUGACUGUCAAUACCAAAAUCAGGGAAGAAGAUGAAAAUUCUAACAGUCUUUUACAAAAUGGAGAAGCAAAUGUUCUGAUAGAAGAAAAAUUGAACUCUCAAGAUAAAAUUACAAAUCUAUCUGAAUUCAGUUUAAAUAUUGAGAAGAAAUUAGCUUUACUAGAGAAAAGUGUUGAACUAAACAAUGCCACUGAUGAGUCUCAUAACUUGCAUCAGAUCAACAGGAAUAUUUGCAAAUUAGCUGAAGAGGGACUACAAUCUAAUGUAGUGAAUCAAAUAAAAUCAACAGAAAUGUCAAUUAAGGACUUGAUAAAUGACCAUAUGAAAGAAGAAAUUGAACAGUUGGAAAAUGAAAAUAAAUAUUCAAAUGUAUGUCCAGUAAAUAGUAUCAAUGGACAUUCUGAAGACAUGCCACAUACUGCAGGAAAAUCAGAGCUAAAGAGAAGUGCCAGCAUUGAUACUGAUUCUUCUUCAGAAUUGUGUCUUUCAAAAAGUACUGAAGACUUGUCUCCACAGAGGAGUGGGCCAGUGGUGAAAUCCCAUAGCAUAACUAACAUGGAGACAGGUGCUCUAAAAGUCUGUGAUAUUAUAAAUGACAGUGGAUCUCAGCACGCCAAUCCUGCAAUAAAAUCAGCAGGUAUGGCUGCAGAUGGAAAAAAUAUAGUCCGGAGUAAGUCAGCUACUCUCCUAUAUGAUCAGCCAUUACAAGUGUUUCCUGGAUGUUCAUCAUCCUCUGAUUUAGUAUCUACAAAAACAGCAAUUAAAUUUGAUUUCAAUCAUAAUCCUGAAGAUACCAAUACAAUUAAAGGGCAAGGACCGAAUUCUCCACAACCAUUCACUACCCCCCAAUAUAAUAUACAAUAUAGCAGCAAUAUUGUACCUAAAGAGUCUUUGUGGCUCCAAAAACAAAAUCCUAUAGCCGAACAAAGUUGUUUGUCCUCUCAGCGCUUACCAAGGCUGGAUAGUACGGAGAGCUGUACUUCUGCAAAACAUUCAGCCAAUAUGAAUUUCUCUAACCAUAAUAAUGUUAGAGCUAGUGCUGCCUACAAUAUGCAUCAAAGGAUGGGUGGUAGGCAUAUGGAAAUGUGGGCUGUUUCACCAAAUGACAGGCAUCCUUCUAGUGCAACGCGAAAUACUCUUCAGCGACAGAGUAGUGUGUCUUCUACUGCUUCAGUUAAUGUUGAUUCUGGAUCUUCACGCCGUCCUCUGGUUUCUGAGGGGGAUUAUUUAACGUAUAGGGAUUUGCAUUCAGUGGGAAGAGUCCCACCCAAAUUGUCAGGGCAACAGAGACCUCUUUCUGCAAGAACACAUAGCAUUGAUGGACCAAAUGUAACCCGACCUCAGAGUGCCCGUCCUUCAGCAAAUGAUAUACCAGAGAGAACUAUGUCAGUCAGUGACUUCAAUUACUCAAGGACUAGUCCGUCUAAAAGAACAAAUCCAAGAGUUAAUUCUGAAUACUCUCUGAUAGAUCCUACUGGAAAAAAUAAAGUUCCUCAUGACUGGAGGGAACAAGUACUACGGCACAUAGAGGCCAAAAAGUUAGAAAAGAGCAUGCUGUCACGGUCCUUUAAUUCCAAUUAUGCUCCAGUUAGCAACUUUUACUAUGGCAGCUCUAGGGAUCUGCAUGGCAGCCAGGGCAAUGUUGCUUUAAGUGUUGCAGAUGGAAGAAGUUCUGGUGUACCUGUUCUUCGUCAUCCCCAAACAUCCAAUCCAGUAGAGGAGGAUGUGUUCAUUUCUGGACAGCAGAAUUAUUCAACUGCCACUCUUAGUCUGAAAGAGGCUGUUCCAGAUACCAUUAAAAAACUUCCUGUGCAGAUACCUUUGAUGAAUGGGCAGAUGGGUCAUUCUCCAAGACCUCAGCCAAACUAUAGUCAAAUCCAUCAUGCUGGACCUCAAACUUCGGUGGCAAGACACCCUUCCAGAGAACAACUGAUUGAUUAUCUGAUGCUUAAAGUUGCCCAUCAACCUCCCUAUAGUCAGCCUCAAGGUCCAACUAGACAAUGCCAUGAGGUAUCAAAGCAAGAAAUUCGAGUAAGAAUUGAAAAAGAUCCAGAACUUGGAUUUAGUAUAUCAGGAGGAAUUGGGGGUAGAGGAAACCCCUUUAGACCAGAUGAUGAUGGUAUUUUUGUAACUAGAGUACAGCCUGAAGGACCUGCAUCAAAAUUGUUACAGCCAGGAGAUAAAAUUAUUCAGGCUAAUGGAUAUAGCUUCAUCAGUAUUGAUCAUGGGCAAGCAGUAUCUUUGCUAAAGACUUUUCAGAACACAGUGGAACUUACUAUUGUUCGAGAGCUUUCUUAAAUACUGUGGAGAAAGAGGAAUUUCUGUGUAAUUUUUGAAGGACUUGUGGAAAACUUAAUAUUUUGACUAUUUUUGUAUGCAAAACUUUUAAAACUAUGUACAGAAAUAAAAUAAUGAAUUUGUGGUUAUGGGGAAAAACCACUGUAAAGAAUAUAAAUGAAGCAGUUAAGGAAAUGCAUAUGGUAAUUAGAGCUAAAUUGUUUUAUGACAGUGUAGCAAUCAAGGAUCACUCCUCCAAGAACAAACCUGUGGUGUAUUUUGUACAGAUGGUAGGUUUAUUUUGUGGAUAAUUCAUAUACAUUAAAGAACUUUGUGUACAAGGAGCCUCCAUUUUAGCCAGUGGACAGAUGGCAGGGUUUUCUGUCCUAUAGCAGUUUUGUUGCCUUUAAUUUUUCAUUUAUUUUUAGAAUCUUUGUUGAAACCACUUUGGUAGAUAUUGGUAGGAAAUUUUAAAAGUUGGCUUUGCAAUGUGCAUAUUGUAUAGAUGAAUUGGUAGACUGAAAGUGGAGUGAUUGGAUUAAAUUAAAAGGCCAGGUAAAAGUAUGAAAUUAAAAGAAGGGGAGAGGAACUUAAUUACAUUGCUUACCGGUGUACACCGCUUAGAGAGUGCUUGCACUUAAAGCGGUAUAUAAGUCUCAUAAAUAAAUAAAUGGGAGAACCUUUAUGUACCAAUUGAAAAAAAUGCAAUAAAACAUAAAGGGUUUUUUUUUAAGAGACAAUACAGUAAAUAUACUUACGGAGGUUCUACAGGAUUGAUUCAUAUCAAAUCCAUUGCCUGUCAUAUUCUUACCUGUAAUUUACUUUUGAGUGUUUUUAAUCACACUUUAAAAAAAUAAUUAUGCUAUGGAGUUGUAAAGAUACUCUCAUUACAAAAAUCCCUGGUUUUAUAUAAAAGGAUGAUUUUCUUCUGCCUUGUCUGAAAUGCUCCAUAUUCAAAUUAUUUAUACAUUUUUUAAAAGAAACUGAAAUGGCCAGUUUUUGCUGUGUUGCCUAUAAUGUAUGAAGAUGCAUAGACACAUUCAGUUUUAACAUAUGCAUGUUCUGAAUAGAAAAGCUGUGCUCUUUUUAAGAAGGCUUAUGAUACUGAGCCAUAUGAAGAUUGGGAUGCCCCAGAUUAAAUGAUUCAGAAAGAACUCUUGAUUUUUGUUGGCCUCGAUUGCCUUGGGAGACUAAAAAGAAAUAAUACAUAUGGAGCUAUAACCAAAGCCAGGUUAUGUGACAUUGUUGCACAGCAAUAGAAGGUUGUUCCCUAUUGUAAAGGGACAGUAUUUUGGGCCCACAAGCUUGUAUGAUCUUCUUCAAAGGGCUGUUCCUACAAGUGACAUUAAAUGUGAACUAGACACUUAAGAGUCCAUUAAAGGAUUUCUAACUAUAUUAAUGUAAGAGUGAUUUAUUACAAGCUGCCUUUUGUUCAUUAGUUGCAUAAAACAUUGGAUUAUACAUAAUUUUGUUUGUGACAAAUGUUUAUUUUCAUUUUCAUGUUAUAACAGAUGAUAUUGCCUAAUUCACGAUAAUAAGUUAAUACAUUGGUAUUAUGCACCACAGAAAAGUGCCAUAGAAAAAAUAACUGUUUUUAAAAGUGAAUGAUUAACCCAUCAUUGGAAAAAAUAUUCAUUUAAUUGAAAUUUUAAUAGAAAUUAAUAGUUUUAAAAAGAAAUCUAGCAAAGUACCAAUCUGUUAAAGAUUUUGCAAAAUCAUACUUGAAUGGAAAAUCCACAUUGUUAGCUGACAGUGGUUUUUGAAUACCUAAACUCAAAUGAUAUUGCACUUCACUUACCAACUGAAUAUUGUAAUGCAAAUAAUUCUUAAUUUUAAUUGAAAUCCUUUAACAAUUCUUUGUACAUUAACUUUAGUCGAUUUUAUUAAUAUUUACAUAGGCAUUGUUUUUUUAUAUUAGCAGAAAUGUGCUUUAUUUUGGUAAAAUUCACAUUUUCUGUAUGCUGUUAAUCUUUUUUAAAAAAUAGCUCUAUGGUGACAAGCUUCAGUGUUGCUAUUUUACUUACAAUUUAUUCAGUGACCCAUAUUCAUUACUUUUAACUAUUCAAUUUAGUCUUUUAAUAGAGAAUAUAAAAAAACAAAAAAUCAUGAUUAUGUGAAAUAUAACUUUCAAAGCUGAAUAUGGAUUCAAUUUAUCUUUGCAUACAAGACAUAAGAAUAAAAUAUGUCCAAAUAUAUUGCAUUUUGUAUGAAAUGAGAAAUAUUCCUUAAAUUAGAAAUUCAUUUGAAUAAUUUUUGUAAAAACAUUGCCAAACUUUUUCAUUGUUUAAAGUAACAGCGCAUUGGUGCUUAUUGUCUGUUUGCAAGGAAAUAAAAUUUUGUUUAAAGUUCUUUUGUGGGGGAAAAACAUUGUCAGAAUAUAUGUUUGGAGAGGGAUUGUUGCGAAACAAGCUUACUCCAACAGGAAAACAUUUCUUGAAGCCCUGAAUGUUUUUUAUUUUAUCAAAAUAUAUAUAUCUGGAAAUUUGAUGGAAGAGGUACAGAAUGGAUCAUGUUAUCAAUUCAGGUUUUUUUUUUGUAACAGUUCUUUAAAGAAUCAGUUAAAGCGAAUUUUUUGGAAAAAUUCCCACAUAUUUAUUGUGUAAAUAUUUUUUUUUACUAUUUUUGACUGCCGAGUUUAAAAAUGUGUACAUACUUGAACACAUCUGUGAACACAAUCAUAGCAAUAAGGGACACACAGAACCAAGCCUUUAUCAUUAAUUUGCUGUAUACUACUUUUUAAAAUAAUAUUCCCUUGUCGGCCGCUCUGUAAUGUUUUUAUUGAUCAGCAUUUAUUCAGCAUUCCAGUUUUUUUUGUAUAUAAUUAAAUUGUUUCUGGAUAAAACAUGAAAAGAAUAGAUAAUAAACUAAUGCUCUUUAAA